AUCUGACUUUCCAGUUAUAACGACGGACUUUAAUUUUCAUAACAAUAAAACCGAACAAUUGAUCGAGACAUACAGGAAGCACCCGACAGCAACGAGAUGAAGUCUCGCCCUUGAUUUUGCCAAACAUAGAACAGGGUCAUUUUUCGAAUUUGUAAGGAAACUUCUUCAAAUGUUAGUACGACAGGUUCUCUACAUAACACCUAAUUAUACAAGAGUAUGAACAAAAGAAGGAUGUCUCAUAAGGAAGCACCCCUCAAGAUUGCAACGAGAUGAAGUCUUGCAAGUAAUUUUGCAAAACUUUGAGCAGAGUCAGUUGCCAAAAUUUGAAGGGAAUCUUUUCGAUAUAUUUUAGUACGACAGGUUCCCUACAGAACACAAUAUUGUUCAAAAGUAUGCAUCAUAUCUGUUGGUUGUGUUAAGUUACUAGCUACCUUUAAUUUGUUUUAUUCUAAAUCGAGGGGUGAACUCGAAAAUGAAUUAAGCGACGUCAAAUAAAGAAGCACAUAGAACUCUUGUGUGACUUUCUUUUUAAUGUUAUCAUAUAUAAUUUAAGAUGUGAAACACAGAUUGUUCAAGAUACUUGCGCUAAACGAUUCUGGGAGAACCAGCAGUGCAUUAAAAUAUGAAGAAUUACCUCCGCAGAGAGUUAUUAACAUCACAGCAGGCUGGAUGGUCGACUUCUGAAGUGAGGUAGAUUUUAGGUUCUUCGUUAAAAUGAGUUCUCAAAUGAACAAACGAACCCCCAAAAAGGGUUAUUUAAAAUCCUUUUUCUCCUUCUUUGGAAGAUCUAAACGUGGUGUAGAUGUUUUGAUUGGAAACGACACAGACACGACCAAGCAGAGAACUGUGAAAAAAACAGAGAAAAAGCCAAGUUUUGAAAACGGUUUGAAUGGAGACCUAUGCACGGAGAGGUCUGCGGCAGACAAUACUUCGUUGCAUUUGGAACAACAUGUAGACAUUUAUGGCAGCGAUGAUUCGAUAUCAAAUAGUCAAACAAGUGAUGUUAUUGAAAACAAUAGUGAUGUUGAUGAUACCAAUUUUGAACAAAACACACCUUUCAUAGAACAUGAAGAAGAGUUUGGUACCAGAAGGAAGUCCAACUAUCGUAGUUACAACAACACCGAGCGCCUUAUGGAGAUAGUUGUGCGUCCAACAGUUGCAUUAGAUGAUACUGCUCAUGGGUAUAUGCAGGCCGCAGACAAUUUGAAAGAAGAUGACGUUCUACCAAAAUCAAGACAAAAUGUCUGCAGCGUGACAAUUGGGCAUGGAAACCUUGAUAACUCUAUUGAAGUGUAUCAAGAACAAACUGUAUUUGUCAAUGAUAACUGGAUACAAGACGCAUCAAGUUUUAGUAGACAGGACUAUUUUAGGAUGUCAAGAAGUGAGCCUGAUUUGUUGCAACGAGAUAAAGACAAAACACCGAAAAGGACUACUUGUACUAAUGCGGGUCCAAACGACGAUUCUGUAUUCGACCUUACAGCUUCUAAUGAGUCAUUGAAUGAGUCAAGUGAUUCGCAACGUCCUCGGGAAAGAUUCCGGAAAAAGUGUUCUGAUUCUGGCGCCGUUAAAUUCAUUAACGGAAGAACUGUUAUUUAUUCAGCAGGAAGUCAAUCGGAAAAUUCUAUUGUUGUUAGCCAAAGUGCAGCAUCAAAUGUCAAAGAAAGAACAGUAGACCUACUGAAGGUGAUUCGCCUCGAUCAAACCACUGGACAACAUGUGGUUGGAUACAAGACGACCCUCUAUGACCGUUCAUUAAAAGUUCUUCAAACUCGACGAAGCGAAAAUAUUCUUGUAUUGGCAGGUGCUGGGUUCGGAAUCGACUACACAGCAAAAAUGAUUUUUGCCGAACUUACAAAAAAGAAAAGUAAUUCAGUCGGUCACUAUUUAAUUGACCCAAGUGAUUGGGCAGUUGCAAGGGAAACGUUGAAUGAAGACAGGACUGUCGUAUUGAUAUUGAAUAUAGAUUGGAAAAAAUGGGAGAAAAAGCUGGAACAUGAAAUGAUACAAUUUACAAAGUCUUGUCUUACGAUUAUCAUCACUGCUGGUGGUAACAACGGGCCACAAUAUUUGGAUAAAUUCGUUGUAGAUACCCGGGAUAAAAGUACCUUUGGUCCUACUUUAGAAGACAAACGGGGUUGUUUUGAUUUUAUGGCAAGUAAAGUACAUAGAGUAAAAUUCGUUCCAGAUGAUACCAAAGAUUACAUAAAGAUGCCAGUAGAAAGCGUUACUGAUCCCACUGAAAUACACAAGUGUCCAUUGAUGACAACAAAAGCCAGAGUCAAUAUCUUGAACUCGAUGGGAGAUUUUCAGUGGUCACGUAAACUCAAAGUGUUCUUCGGAAGUUAUCUUGCAGAAGGGUCAUAUUUUUUUAGAAAGCCAGUAAGCGCGGAUGUUGCUGCAAUAAGAUAUAUGAGAGACAAUGAUCCGAUCCGGUUCUGGGCCCUUAUUUCAGUCUUCUCAUAUGACGGAUGCUUAGAUGACGAGCUUUUGGAUAAAUUGGCAGUUGGCCGACAAGUUCACCGAGAUAAAACUUUGUCCUUUUCUUGCGAAGACGUUACAAAUACGAAAAAGAAAAAGAGAAAAAUAGGUUUUAGGAAGAGUCAGAACUCAUCCAAGGAGCGCAUUUUUUUCGACUUUGGCAUCGCCAAAAAACUCCAGAAUGACAUGAAGAAGUUGAAGCGGAAUUUAAUAGACCUACACAGUCAGUAUGUUAUUACAGUUGAUGACAUUUACCAGUUUGCAAGCGGGAACAUACGAAGUUCCUUCAUGCUAGUUUUGUACGAGAUUUAUCCUGAUAUUGUGAUCGAGCAUUGCGAUGAGGACUUCUUUUUUGACUUUGUCAGGCCUAUUACUCGUAAAGAAAAAUGUAAUUUCGCCUUUAUAGAUGUCGGGAAUAGGCACGUCAUGAAAGCCUUCUUUAAGCGUUUGAAAUUUCAAUGGCUCAAAGGGCUCGUGAGGAAAUGUAUGGAUCACCCAGUAGUGAUGGAUAAAUUGACUGACUUUCUCAAAUUCAUUGAAAAGGGAAGACACGACAAAUGGCGUGUAUUAAAGCAGAUUGAUGAAGAAGAAAAAGAACAUUGCUGCCUAUAUUUUGGUGUCGUCACUGAAAAUGCAAAGAGAGAUUUGGCCAGAGUUAUUGUCACGGAUAAAAAAUGGUCUAAAAAAAGCAGAAACCCAAAGUGGAAAGAGUUCAUUGAAAAACAAGAAUCAGAUGCCAUGAUAAAAGCUGCUGGCAUUAACAAUGAACGCGCGUUUAAAAGCCUGUUCGAAAGUGGGGCCGUAAUGUCGAUUACAUCAGUCGUUGCAGCAGUUAAAAAUGGAAGAUCCCAUAUUGUUUACUUUUGUCUAAAAAAUGGGAAUUUAAUUGCGACUGACUGGUUCAAAGUAUUGUAUACUUCACUAACAGAGUUUUCAAACAAAAUGAAUUCUGAAUUAAGAAAAGAUAUUUUUCAAAAAGUCGUUUCUUCAGAACACGUUGAUAUCAAUGACACAUUUCCUGGUGCGAGGCCUCUCCUGCAUAGAGCAGCCAAAACAAACAAUAUAAAUAUGAUGAAAAUCUUACUAGAAGGUACUUACUGUGAAAAGGCCAGGAUUGACGAGGUAUACAAUGAUUGUAAGACUGGCGCUUCAACGGCCCUACUUAUCGCAACGAAAAAAGGCCUCCGAAAGGCUGUAACGUUCUUGCUUGAAAAGGGCGCAAACCAGAAGGUCCCUGGUUUGUGUGCUCAACCAAUAGAUGUUGCUGUUAGGAAAGGCGACUUGGGAAUUGUGCAAGAGCUUGUGACUGCAAAUCCAGGUGUUGUCAACGAAUGUGGAGAACAUGGAAUGAUUCCAUUGAUGAUUGCUUGUCAAACCGGACAUCUAGAUGUAGUGCAGUUUUUGAUAUCCUGUGCAAAGGACACCAUCAAUAAAACAGAUGAACUUGGUCGAAACUCGGUACACAUUGCUGUGAGUAAUGGCCAGCAGAAAGUUUUGGAACUCUUGCUGAAACAGAAUCUUAAUUCUGAUGUAGCCGCACCAAAUAAUAAGGGCGAUACCCCACUUUUAACUGCCAUUAAGGAAAAUAAGCCAGUUUGCUUUGAAAUCCUUAUGACAUGUAUGGAAAACCGACACGUCCCAAAGGAGAAAAUGGCAAUUUUCCUAGCAAUAGAGCAUGAAAGAAUUCAAUUUCUGGAACAACUCAUCGCUAAAGGAUACAACAUUAACGAAUUAAACGAGUUUUACGGGACCCCGUUAUCAUUUGCUAUACGAAAGGGCUUUACAGAUAUAGUGACCUUGCUGUUAGAGUUGGAUGCCGAUGUUAAUUUUAAAUGCAACUUGGGCUUGACUCCUCUUCAUCAUGCAUGCCAAACCAAAAAUGUACAAAUCGUGAGCAUCCUUGUCAGUCGUGGCGCCGAUAUCACCGCUGUUCAUGAUACCACGAUGGACACCAUUUUGCAUAUUGCAGCAAGGCACAAUGGAAUACAUGUUAUUCAGGCUGUCAUGGACCGUCCUGGAUUUGAUCAACUGAUUAGCAGGAAAAAUCUGAAUAAUUAUACGGCAAUUCAUGAGGCAGAGAAAAAUUGUUUUCCUGAAGUGGUUGAAAUCUUGCAUCAUCACGGCAUUCAUAGUGAAAAUGCUAAACUUGUCAAAUCAGAUCUUUGGGUGUCCAAUGAAUCUGUGAGCGGCGUCUUAAAGAUUAUCUUCGAGAAGGCGUUCACAAUGAGUACGAUCGUCGAGUGGUUCCGGAAAUGUGACGUUUAUCCUUUUAAUCCCAACGCGACCGACAAUUACCUCCUCCUUCGAUCGUGUGAAGACAUAUCAGCUGGAAAUUAUGAUUUGACAAAGAACGUGAACAGGCAAACAGAACUAGGGAACGAAGUGCCACUGACGACGAACCAUGUGCAGCUGAUGGCACAAACACCCGCGACGCGUCAGUGUUUAAUCUGUCGACCGACUCCUAUCCCGACCUUUCUGUGUGAGAUAAGUUUGGCAUCAACAACAAGAUAUGGAUUUUAUUAUUAUCAAUUUUGGCUUGGAAUACAGAAAAUCAUGAAAAUGAGUUCUCAAAGACAACAACGGAAACAAAAGAAGGGUUUUGUUAGCACUAUACGGAGCUUCUUUGGACGAUCUAACAGUGAGGAAAAUAUUUUGCUAGUUAACGAAAAAGACAGGACCAAAGAUAAAACUGUUACAACACAAAGUAGCAGAUAUGUUUGGGAGAAGAGGGAACUUUUUGAAAAAUCGGAAAAUAAUUUGACAAAAACUCAAUGGACAGAGAGCUCAGUAAUAGACAAGAGUUUGGUGCAUUCUGAAGAACAUGAACACUUUUAUGGCAGCGAUGAUUCCUCCUCAGAUAAUGAGACAAGUGAUGGUAUUGAAGAACACAAUGAUAAUGAGGUUACCUGCAGCAGUGAAAUGAACACACCAAAACAGGACGAAGCGUUUGGUGCCAAAAGAAAGUCCAACUAUCUUAGUAACAACAACACGGUGCGCCUUAAGGAGACGGCUGCACGGUUACCGGUUGCAUUCGAUCGUAAACCUCAUGAGUUUAUGCAGACCGCAGACAAUGAACAAGAAACAAGGCGAAAGACUGACAGCGCGACAAGCGGGCAUGGAAGCCUUGACAACAUUCAUGAAGAGUAUUAUCAACAAAACGAAUUUGUCGCUGAUAAAUGGAUACAAGAUGCUAAAAGCUGUAGUUAUCCGGACAAUUCAAGAAUAUCAAGAAGCGAGCCCGAUUUAGUGAAUCGAUUUCAACACAAGACACCAGAAAAGACAAAGUGUACCGAGGCAGGUCAAGACGACGAGUCUGUAUUUGUUGAAGAUCCUACUGAUUCCAAUCGUCCUCAGCAAAGAUACCAAAAACACGGUUCUGAUUCUAGCUCCGUAAGAUACGUUAACGGAAGGAAUGUUAUUGUUUCAGGAAAUCAAUCGGAAAAUUCUAUUGUUGUUAACCAAAGUUCAAUGCCAAAUAUCGAAGAAAGAGCGAAAGACCUGUUGAAGGAGAUCCGCCUAGAGCAAACCUCUGGACAACAUGUGAUUGGAUACAAGACGACUCUCUAUAACCGUUCUUUUGAAAAGCUUCAACGUCGACGAUGUGAGAACAUUCUUGUGUUGGCAGGUGCUGGGUUCGGAAUCGACUACACAGCCAAAAUGAUUUUUGCCGAACUUACAAAAAAAGAGCGUAAUACAGUCGCUCUCUAUUUAACUGAUCCAAGUGAGUGGUCAGUUGCAAGGGAAACAUUGAAAGAAGACAAGACUGUCGUGUUGAUUUUAAAUAUAAAUUGGGAGGAAUGGAAGACGAAGCUUGAACAUGAAAUGAUACAAUUCACAAAGUCAAAUCUUACAAUCAUCAUCACUGCUGAUGAAAACAAUGGACCAUUAGAUUUGGACAAAUUCGUUGUCGAUGCUCGGGAUACAAGCAAAUUUGGCCCCACUUUUGAAGACAAAACGGGUUGUUUUGAUUUCAUGGCAAAAAAUGUACAUAGGGUAAAAAUUGUUCCAGAUGAAAACAAUGAUUACAUCAAGAUGCCAGUAGAAAGCGUUACUGGUCACGUUGAAAUACAUCAGUCUCCGCUGAUGACUUCAAAAGCAAGAGACAAUAUCCUGAACUAUAUGGGAGAUUUCCAGUGGUUACGUAAACUCAAGGUCUUCUUCAGAAGUUUUCUUGCAGAAGGGUCGUACUUUUUCAGAAAGCCAGUGCCCGCCGUUGUUGUUGCAAUUAGAGCGAUGAGAGUAAAUGAUCCGAUCAGGUUUUGGGCCCUCAUUUCAGUCUUCUCGUAUGACGGAUAUUUAGAUGAUGAUCGCUUAGAUAGACUGGCACGUGUCCGACAAGUUCAUCGAGAUAAAAUGUCGUUUUCCUGCGAAGACGUUUCAGUGACGAAAAAAAUUAAGCGGAAGUUAGGCGUUGGGAAGAGUCAAACCUCCUCCAAAGAAAACAUGUUUUUUGACUUUGGCAUCUCAAGAAAACUUCAGAAUGAUGUGAAGUCGUUGAAACGAAAUAUAAAAGGCCUACAUAGUCAGUAUGUCAUUACAAGUGAAGGCAUUCACAAGUUUUCAAGCGCCAACGUGCGAAGUUCCUUCAUGCUAGUACUACACGAGAUUUAUCCUGAAGUUGUGAUCGAGCAUUGCGAUGAUGAAUUCUUCUUUGAUUUCGUUAGGCCAAUUACUCAUCAGGGAAAAGGUGAUUUCGCCCAGAUAGAUGUCAGUGAUAAGCACGUCAUGAAAGCAUUUUUUAAGCGUUUGAAAUUUCAAUGGCUCAAGGGGCUUGUGAACAAGUGUAUGGAUCAUCCAGCAGUGAUUGAUAGGUUGACUGACUUUCUCAAAUUCGUUGAAAAGGAGAAACAUGACAAGUGGCGUGUAUUAAAGCACAUUGACGACAUGGAAAAGAAACAUUGCUGCCUUUACUUUGGAGUCAACGGAAAUUCAAGUGCUAAAAAAGAAGCAACGAGAGUUAUUGUGAUGGAUGAAAAAUGGUCUGAAAAACGCGGAAACCCAAAGUGGAAAACGUUCAUUGAAAAACAAGAAUCAGAUGCUUUGAUUCAUGCAGCUGUCACUAACAAUGAACGCGCUUUUAAAGGUUUGAUCGAAAGCGGGAUAGCACUGUCAGUUAGAUCAGUCAUUGAAGCAGUAAAUAGCAAAGCAUACCGGAUUGUUCAGUUUUGUUUACAGAAUGGGAAAUUUGAAGCAAUUGGAUGGUUCAAAAUUUUGCAUAUUUCAUUGGAAAAAUUUGCGAGCGAAAUGCAUUCCGCAUUAAGAAAGGACAUUUUUCAGGAAAUCGUUUCCUCUGAACACAUUGAAUUUGAUGCCACAUUUCCUGGUGUUAGGCCUCUACUGCACCAAGCAGCCAAAACAAACAACAUUAACAUGAUGAAGAUUUUACUUGAAGGUAUUUACUGUGAAAAAUCCAGGAUUGACCAAGUAUACACCGAUCAUAGUGGAAAAGGCACGUCAACUGCUCUACUUAUAGCAACAAACAAAGGCUUCCUGAAAGCUGUGACAUUAUUGCUUGAAGUUGGCGCAAACCAGAGGGUCGGUGGUUUGUACGCUCGACCGAUAGAUGUUGCUGCUAUGAGAGGCGACUUGCAAAUAUUGAAAGAGCUUGUAAAUGCAAAUCCAGAUAUUGUCAACGAAUGUGGAGACCAUGGAAUGAUUCCAUUGAUGAUUGCUUGUCAAGCCGGGAAACUAGAUGUAGUGCAGUUUUUGAUUUCCUGUGCAAAGGACACCGUCAAUGAAACAGAUAAACUUGGUCGGAAUGCGGUACACAUUGCUGUGAGUUAUGGUCAGCAAAAUGUUCUGAAAUUCUUGCUUCAACAAUAUCUUAAUGCUGAUGUGAACGCCCAAUGUCACAACGGUGAAACCUCACUUGUAAUCGCAAUAAAGGAAAACAAACCAGUUUGCUUUCAAAUCCUUCUAAAAUGUUUGAAAGACAGAAAAGUCACUAAAAAUAACAUGGCACUUUUUCAAGCAAUAGAGCAAAGAUCGAAACAAUUUCUGAAACAACUGAUCGAUCAAGGAUACAACCUUGACGUAAAGGACAAGUCUUACGGGACCCCGCUAUCAUUUGCGAUACAAAAGGGGUUUACAGACAUGGUGACCUUGAUGAUAGAAUGGGGUGCCGAUGUAAAUUAUAAAAGCAUCUCAGGCUUUAGUCCUCUUCAUCAUGCAUGCCGAGCCAAAAGUUUACAAACCUUGAGAAUCCUUGUCAGUCAUGGUGCCGAUAUCACCGCUGUUCAUGAUACCACGAUGGACACCAUUUUACAUACUGCAGCAAGACACAAUGCAACAAAGGUUAUUGAGCAUGUGUUGAGCCUUCCUGGAUGCGAUACACUGAUUGACAGGAAAAACUCGAAUAACGAUACGGCGUUACACGAGGCAGCGAGAAAUUGUUUUCCAAGAGUAAUCGAAAUUUUGCUCCAUCAUGGCUUUCAGAGAGCACGUUUCAACAAGAAAAGUGAAACGCCGGUCGAUGCUGCUCACAAUGCAUAUAAGCAUAGGUCUUCCGAAUAUAACCUUGAUGCGUUUCGGGAAACUGUCCAAAUGUUGACACAAUAAAAUAUCAGAAUAUGCACUUGCUAAUGAUGCUCCAGUUGGAUAUGGAAGCCAAACCCGUAUUCCUUUUGAGGAACCUUGUUUCAAAAGGAUCAAUUUCAGUCGAUAUUUGUGGCUUCGACUUUCAGAUUUAUGGAUUUACAGGCGGGUUCGGGAGUAGUGUUCGCCACUCAAAUGAGAGUAUGAAAUUGAUAUGACAUGUUGACUAGCUUGUUGUAAACACCUUUUUAUGUGAACGUAUGACAUUUAAACACUAAUCGAUACUUGUCCAAGAUAAACGGGUUGGUGCUUUUCCAUUCAUGUGUUUUAUAUGCAUGUAUUCAGUUUGAAUUUAUAAUGUAUAUUGAUGUGCAUUUGAGUUUUGCUGUCCAAUAACUCUACACUAUUUUUCUACUAUGUCAUUGCCUUCUAUUUAAAACAAUAUUGUAGAAUCAAAUGUUACUAUGACCAUGUGAACGCGUAAAUGUCGUCAGUAUGUUUGUCAUUAAUGUAGGGGAGAUGAAUUGAGUAACUUAUCCCUUUUGUGGUUACAUCUAAUGUGUUAUUUAAUCACAAUAGAUACUUUUAAUUAACCCCGAUACAAGCUCUCUGAAAAAUCAAUGCCACGGCUACCAACGAUAGACACGAAAUGAAAAACGUAUAUAUUACAAUACUCAUUUUCAAUAUGCUCCGGCUGUACUGUUCUAUAGUUUCUAAUUAUUAUUAUUUGAACUCGUGCUUAUUUGAAUCUCUGGUACAAUGCAAAACACGCUUAGUUUAUUUAGGGUUUCGCUUUCGAGCUAGAUUAACUAUAGAAGUGUGUGGACAUUAUUAUCACCCCCAUAUACAGAAUAAGUCGUCCUUCAGUGUUUUUUUACAAGAAGGAUGCUCUUGCUGUAUUGGACCUUUGAGAAUAAAUCUGAUCAGGUUCCCUAAAUUAAUGUACAUAAUAUUGUGCAGACACAAUAACCUAUGCCAUUUCUUCCUGUUGACAUCGACAUAUUAAAUGUUUCAAUUACCAUGUCAUAUCUUCCCGUUGACAUUGACAUUUUAAUUGUUUCAAUUACCGUGUCAUAUCUUCCUGUUGACAUCGACAUUUUAAAUGUUUCAAAUAUCAUUUCAAAUGUUCCUGCUGACAUCGACAUUUUAAAUGUUUCAAUUAUCAUGUCAUAUGUUCCUGUUUACAUCGACAUUUUAAUUGUUUCAAUUCUCAUGUCAUAUCUUCCUGUUGACAUCAACAUUUGAAAUGUUUUAAUUACCGUGUCAUAUCUUCCUGUUGACACUGACAUUUUAAUUGUUUCAAUUCUCAUGUCAUAUCUUCCUGUUGACAUUUACAUUUUAAAUGUUUCAAUUACCGUGUCAUAUCUUCCUGUUGACACUGACAUUUUAAAUGUUUCAACUGCCAUGUCAUAAGUUCCUGUUUACAAUGACAUUUUAAUUGUUUUAAUUACAGUGUCAUAUCGUCAUGUUGAUAUUGACAUUUUAAUUGUUUCAAUUACCAUGUGAUAUCUUCCUGUUGACAUUUACAUUUUAAAUGUUAAAUUAACAUGUCAUAUCUUCCUGUUGACACUGACAUUUUAAUUGUUUCAAUUCUCAUGUCAUAUCUUCCUGUUGACAUUGACAUUUUAAAUGUUUCAACUGCCAUGUCAUAUGUUCCUGUUUACAAUGACAUUUUAAUUGUUUUAAUUACAGUGUCAUAUCGUCCUGUUGAUAUUGACAUUUUAUUUGUUUCAAAUAUCAUUUCAAAUGUUCCUGUUGACAUCGACAAUUUAAAUGUUUCAAUUAUCAUGUCAAAUGUUUCUGUUUACAUCGACAUUUGAAAUGUUUUAAUUACCAUGUCAUAUCUUCCUGUUGAUAUUUACAUUUUAAAUGCUUCAACUGCCAUGUCAUAUGUUCCUGUUUACAACGACAUUUUAAUUGUUUUAAUUACAGUGUCAUACCGUCCUGUUGAUAUUGACAUUUUAAUUGUUUCAAUUACCAUGUGAUAUCUUCAUGUUGACAUUUACAUUUUAAAUGUUAAAUUAACAUGUCAUUUCUUCCUGUUGACAUUGACAUUUUAAUUGUUUCAAUAACCAUGUCAUAUCUUCCGGUUGACAUUAACAUUUUAAAUGUUUAAAUUACCAUGUCAUAUUUUCCUGUUGACAUCGACAUUUUAAAUGUUUCAAUAAUCAUGGUAUAUCGUCCUGUUGACAUCGACAUUUUAAAUGUUUAAAUUACCAUGUCAUAUCUUCCUGUUGACAUCGACAUUUUAAAUGGUGUAAUUACCAUGUCAUAUACGUCUUCCUGUUGACAUUGACAUUUAAAUUGCUUCAAUAACCCUGUUAUUUCUUCCUGUUGACAUCGACAUUUUAAAUGUUUCAAUAACCAUGUCAUAUCUUCCUGCUGACAUCGACAUUUUAAUUGUUUCAAUAACCAUGUCAUACCUUCCUGUUGACAUUGACACUUUAAAUGUUUUAAUUACAAUGUAAUAUUAUUCUGUUGACAUUGCCUCUUAUUAACUCAUCGUUUGAGAAUUACCGUAAUUGGACGCUUCAUAGUUUGUUAUAUUCUAAUCUUUUUGAUGGAUGCUAUAUUCUAAAAGGUGUGAAGAUCUGUAAUUUAGAUUUUUAUAAACUAUCUCGGAAAAAUGACAAUUAAUACUGAAAAACCUCUCAGCCUACACUAAAAUUUAAUCGGGUAUCAAUAUUUAUUAAGCUUACGUCAAUGGAACUGCAAAAACAUCCCAUUAAAAACGUAUUGAUGAGUAAGUUAAAAUGAUCAGUUACGUUUACAAAUGUGUUUGCGCUAGUGAUUAAAUGUUACCAUUCAAGUUCGAGUCUUACAUUGACUUCCUCAAUUACUCAAAUUUGAUUUGCCAAUCAAAUAUAUGUUUUGACAUUGGUCAACCUUAUACACUUGUAUGUUUUAGCUCUUGCUAAAAGAAUUGAAAUAUAAAAGAUAAUUUGCUAAGUAUUAUAAACAACAUCCUUAGAUGUAUAAAUAAGUCAAACUGAACAAUACAGAAAAAGAAAUAAUCACCACAUAUCUUCCUGUAGAUAUUGCCUUUUUUGUUACUCAAUGAUUGACCGUAAAUUCUCUCUUACUCGUGUGUGCGUGCGUGUGCGCGUGUGUGUGUGUGUUUAUAAAAGACAUGCUCACUUAAAGUGCCAUUCAUAUGUAAUGUUAUAAUGAUGAUUAUUUUUAUUAUUGAAAUGCUAUAUGGUGUCUGUAAUGUAUGGAUAUGUUUAUGUAUCAAUAUUUACAGAUGGUUUAUAUUCUUUGUCAUUGUGUAUGAUAUUCGGCCACAUGGGUUUAUGAUCUUCUGAUCAAUAAAUGUUCUGUUCAGUUCUGUAUUUUCUAAUAUUGCCAAUUUUGUACUAAUAAUAUUAGUUUGAUAUUAAAAAAAAAUAUUUAUGAAUAAGAUUCAUAAAAAUAGGUAUAAAAUAGUUUUAAAACAAUCAAAACCUAUUAUUAUUAGGUAUAUUUGUGAAUGCAUGGUUUUUGUAGCAAAAGCACCAUACAAUUACAUGUACGGACAUUUUGCAAAUAUAUAAUGUUGUGUGUAUUUACUUUUUUCCCUCGAGUUGCAAGUACUGCAAUAAAAGAAAGCAAUAAAGACUAUUCAAAUAGUUUUAAAGUUGGUGUGAAAACAUGUCCUGUUGAUAUACUCAUAAGUGUUAGAGCUUAAAUUUAAGUUAAACAAAGUAAUGAGUCAACAAAGGCAACUGGCCCAGUAUACACAACAAAUAAAAAAGUAUUGUAAUUGCAAAAUAAAAUUUAUAUAUGUAUCUUGUUUAACAGAUGGUAAACAUAGAUUUUUAACUUUAAUAUCGCAUUAUUUUUAGUAGAAAUGAAAGAGUAGAAAUCAUUUAAAUUAUUAACAAUCGAAAAGUAUUGUCUUCGACUUGUAUCGAAUUUCAUUGAAUUAUGCAUGCUAUUCACAAUUAAAAACUGUCAAAAUUUGAUUCAGACUAUAAGUAUCUCUUCUUGUGGUGUUUUUAUAGGUCUACCAAGUUCCAUGUUUAGUUUAUGGUUUAAACAGCGAAAUUUACCAAAAGCAAUAUUAUAUUUUAAUGGAUGUAGGUACCUUUCUUCUGCAUUUAAUAGAGAAUUGUAAUGUUUAUAAUGGUGACAACUUCUCGUUAUGACAGUUUGGGAUUAAGCAGUCAAUUGAUCGAUGUCUAAAAGUCUUUAUACUAGAUCUUUAUAAUAGAUGUUUAUUUCCUACAUCUUGUGCAAAUGCAAAUAUUUCCAAAACAGUUCACUUUACAUACUUACCAUGCCAGUAUUUAUGUGGUAUAUAAUGUAUUAAAACAAAAAGCAGUUA